GUUUCUGUUCGGAAGUGUUCGAAUAUUAUCUAAAAAAUUUUGACACGAAAUAGAGAUUCAACUUUUUUCAAAUUUAUGGAUAUUCAUUCAUUUCAUUAAAAUCUGACUGUCACAAUGUAAAGCGAAAAUUUUAAGGAUAUCAACUUUCUUACUCAGAUCUUUGAAAAUCUACUGUAAUAAAAUGAGCCAGGAAGCGGGCCAGGGAGAUAAGAAGGGUCACUCGGUGCUGUUGAGGAAAGGUUCGUCCAACAAGAUGGCUCUUAAGGAGAAAAUUGUACAGAUCUAUGAAGCAUUUUUCCAGGGUGAAGAUCCAUCAGCUGGAAAUCCAAAUUUUUGGGAUGAACUUUUCUUACUGAAGGUCAACACUACUUUUAUAGAGACGGAAUGUGAAAAAUUGUCAGGGGAAGGACUCCUUUCUUUGAAGGAGAACUUCAACCUGAUGUUUUAUAAAGCUGUAGAAACAUUGAAACAGGACAAUUCCAUCAGAACUGCUAAUGCAGUACAUACAUUAUGUGCAUUAGUACGAGGAAUUUACAAGAAGACGUUGAAGGAUUAUGGCUUUGAUGUAAUCAACAUACUCAUUGGGUUUGACUCUGCAGAAACUGUGAUACAGUCACUGAUAGAGAGUGUGAACAGAUUUUUAAAUGGAGAUUACCCAGUUGCAUUGAAACAGUUGAUCCUGAAGUUUCUGCUUGUACUGGCAUCAGUUACUGACAAUAUCAGCCAGAACACAUUGUUAGAAUACAUUCUAAUCAACAGUGUGUAUGAGUCAUUAAUACAGAUCUUGGCUAAUCCAGUCUCUAGACAGACACUUGGUGUGGAUGCUAUACUAGUUUUAACCUUGCUUGUGCAGUAUAGAAAGUAUGAGUCAGCGAAUCCAUACAUUGUUAAACUUUCCAUCCUGGACGAUGAGUUGGCUCUUACGGGAUAUGCUGAAGUUGUCUCAGUGGCUUUGUCUGAUUUUAACAGGGAUUACAAAAUAAGAAGUUCUGAACAACAGACGGGCUGGUUCUCGACUCUAGCGAACAUGGUUGGAAAUAUGUUUGUAGCAGAAGAAAAAGAAGUAGCAGCUGUAAGAGCCAAUGACUCUGUGCUGCUGGCAUUAUAUGAAGCUAUACAUCUGAACAGAAAUUUCAUUACAGCUCUUACACAUGCGCACACUCCAUCAAUACCAUCUACCCCACCCUCCUCACCAACACCAGACAAUUCACCGGUAGAAGAUAAACAAGUAAAUCCACUAGAGAAUUCCCAAGCCCCCAUCGAACCAGCCCAUCAACCAACUAACCUACUAGUCACGUUUCUCGAGUACAGUUCUGUGGUCAUCCAAGAUACAAAAGAGCAAACCCGCUACAAUAACGCUAGACUGUGUCUGAUAAUACUGACAUGUAUUGCUGAGGACCAGUAUGCUAAUUCACUCAUGCACGACAUCAACAUGAAUUUUAGAGUUCCACUUCAUAGAAUGCCAAUGCGACAUAGAAAAGCGAAAUUUGAAGCAUCGCCCCCAUCAAGACCACUGGUGUGUGCUUUGUUAGAUCUGAUGGUUGAAUUUAUAAUGAGUCAUUUGAUGAAGACCAUGCCCUUGGAGUUAUAUACUCGGUGUUUAGGUAUCUGUCACAGAGUUUUAUGUUAUCAAAAGAAAUGCCGAGUGAGAUUACAGUAUCCAUGGAAAAAUCUCUGGACAGCCUUAAUAAAUUUACUGAAGUUUAUCCUGUCACAUGAGAAUCAUCUGGUAAAAAGAGCUAAUAUAUUCCACAUAUGUUCAAAGAUUGUAAAUAUUUUCAACUUAUUUAUAACAUAUGGAGACACGUUCUUGCCAAAUCCAAGUAGUUAUGAUGAACUCUAUUAUGAGAUUAUAAGAAUGCAUCAGGUGUUUGAUAAUCUUUAUUCCAUGGCAUUAAGGUAUACAACAAGUGAGGGAGAUCACAAAGAAUCAGCUGCCAGACUAACCAACCAUCUAAUCAACGUAAGGGCUAUAGUGAAUCAUUUCACUCCAAAGGUUGACAGUUGGGCGGCCAACAACCACCUAUCAUCUCUCACAGAGGAACAGGUGUUGGAAGUUGUGCGAGCCAGUUACGACACUCUCACUCUCAAGUUACAGGACAGCCUCGACCAGUUUGAAAGAUACACAGAGAAACCAAAUGAAUCUGCAUUUUUUACACAGCUGGUUCGCUCCAUUAUCACAGAUGUGCGGAAGUCUGUGUCAGAAAUAAACAUAGAUCAACAAACAAUACUUCAAGAAGUUUCCCCAAUGCCGCCCACCCCUUAACCAUAUACAGCGGAAUACAUAACAAGAAAAUUGUAAACAGUGGUGAAGUUACAGUCCAACCUGGCUUGAAACAACUACUAAAAGAGGAAGUAAAAUUCAAUUACUGCAACUGGCUGCUAAACAGAAGUCAAACUGUAUAGACUAUGUGGAAAUAGAGACGUGAAAGUUCAGCUGCUUUAGCCAGGUAGCUGCUAACUAAAGGUGGCCAUUAACACAGACUCAACUAAAUCUAGUGGUAAUAUGACUGUAUUCAACAGAGUUUCAAUUUCAGUAGACUUACCUAAAUAGAGGUUAAGUGUUUAUAGAAUUUGUAUAUAUAACAUGCCAGACAUGGUAAAAACAAAGGUGACAUUGUUUCAUACAAUGUUUUAGAAUUACCUCAGUGAGCUCUUCUUGUAGCUCCAGUUAUUCAUGAUGAAGCUGUUGUUGGCCAAAAGACAUUUUAGUCAUUUGUAAAACAAUACAGAUUCCUGGAAAUUGAUGAGAUAUUGAAUUAUAAUGUUGAAAUCUAUAAUGUCAUUCAGGUUGCAAAUUCAAAUUUUUCUUGUUGAAUCCAAAAUGUGAAUUUAGUCACAUCAGUUGCAGUGUGUACAUACUUGCUAAUUUUAAGAAUAUAGGUGAAUUAUUAUUAUGGUUUGCACAGACCUUGAAAAGUCCUUGAGUUUGAUGCUAGUCCUUGAAAAUACCAAGAAUAAAAAAAACUGAAAUAUUUAACUAUGAAUAAAAGCUUGAAUUUUACCAAAAACUUCUUCAGGAGCUUCCUUUAUGGAAAGAAUACGUUUAAAAGAGAACUUGAAAAAUAAAGGGAAUUUGAAAGAAAUAUAUUUGUUCACUUACCAGUCCUGGAGUACACCAAUAGCAGUCAAAAGUACCUGUCUGGAACCACAUUAUUUAUCACAGUCUACACAGAGUGCAAUUUCUGCUAUAACAAUGUUUUUUGGAAGCACUGGAAAAAAGUUGUCUUACUAACGUUUGAAGAUGUGGUUUCGAGAUAAAGUAGACCUUGAAAAAGUAAAAAUAUACUUGAAAGAAUUUUGUCUUGAUGUUUAUUAUGAAUCAUGUAUAAAAUUUAUAAUCUAAAUAUAUCUGGCUUGUAGUGAACAUGUUGCAACUGAGCUAAUGUUGUAGUGUAUAUGUACUGGUACAUGCCUCCAGAUCAACAUCAGUUAUAUAACAAAUGGUAGUUGAUACUAGGUAUUAAAAAUGUGAUAUCCGCAUUGUUCAGGUAAAUAUUUUUAUGUCUAUGUUAUAAGUUACAGCUGUAUUCGUAACUUGUGAGUUUUCUACAUGCUUUAUUGUUGAAAAGUAUGUGACUGUAGAUAAAAUGUUGCUAAAAUGCAUGGAAUCACUUUAAAAUUUCUUUCUGUUGCAUUUAGUGUAAGAAAAAGCACCUAUUUUCGCUGGGUCAAAAUUUCUCAAAUUUGAAAUUUUGAGUAUACUUGCUAAAUUGUAAAAAUGGUAUCCUGCUAGAACUUGAAUUAUACUAAUGGUGAAUAUAUACACGAGGAUUAGUUUUCGCGAUAUGUAGGGCCUCGCAAAUAUAGCGAAUAUUAAACCCUCACGAAAAAUUCUACUUUUAAAGUACUAAGUUAAGAAACCCUUAGAAAGAUUUGACAUAAAUCUUGUGGGAUGCAGCUUUAAUGAAUUUCAGCUGCCGUUUAAGUUUUACACAAAAUCUUUGUUGAAUCACUUCCUGUUUUCAGCUGGGCACGGAAAUAUUUGUUGCCUAUGUAAACCUUAUCACUUGAACUAAAGUCAGCACAAGAUAGAACCCUACUUGAAUCUCAACCUCGGUCAUAAUAUUUACACAUCUAAUAUUGGAAUUGAUAGCAAAUUGUAUUUACAUGAUAAUGCCAAAAACUUUUUAAUUGAAGUGUUUUGUAAAUUGUAGGUUACUGUUGAAUUCUCAGUUUUAGAUAUAUAUUUUCUAUGUACAGCAAGUUAUUUUGUACUAUUGUGAGGUUAUUACAAGUACAAGUACAAAAGUCUUAUGCAUACAAUUAUGUAAAAUAAUUUUAUAAAAGGAGGGAGAGUUACAUUGUUUUAAGUGGUGUUUUAAGGUUUAGGCAGAAGUUUAAUGUAAUCACUUCGUAAAUGCUGAUGGCCUAUUUGUUACAUUUAUGUAUAAAUUAAAUCAUGUAUUACAUAUUAUAUUCUGUCUUAAGUUAUACAAAUACACGAUUUUGGUUACCAUACUUUUUAAACUAAUCACUUGGCAGACAUUUUCAAACUUGUCCAGAGUUUUAUUCAUAAGAAUGCACUACUGUAUAAACUCAUGAAGAGUCAUAUAAAGAGGUGAUCUAUUUAUAGCAGCAUUGUAAGUGUUGAAAAAAGCGCUUUGGUUGGAUAGAGGCAAGAAGUGAAGUCUUCAUCAUUUAGAAACUGCAGUUAGUCACCUUUACCCCUUUUGAUUUCUUAAUGCUGAAAUCUUCAUAACCUCAAUUACAUACUUAGUGGCUUUCUGAUUAUUUAAGUGAAUAAAAAGUACAUGUCAAAUAGUUACAAGGAAACAAAAGAUGUACUUCCAGCGAUUUAUUGAAUGGCUGGAUUAUAAAUAAAAUGUUUUGCUUUCUCUUUAUUGAGGGUGAUUUUGUGAUAGUUAUUUAUGUAGCAUUCCUUUUGUCAAAGUCUAUUGUUGAAACAUUUUGAAACAGUAUUGUAUGAAGUCCCUUUUAGUUUUAAUUAUGAAAGCUGUAUGUAUGUUUGUACAAAUUGUUCCUCAGUAGUAAAUCCUGCAGUUAUCAUUUCCAGGGCAUUGUUAUUUUGAGAGGAUAGUGCAUGAUACAGAAAACACCAACGCUUUUUAGCUCACCUGAACCAAAAGUUCAGGAUGAGUUAUUAGUAUAGGCUGAUGUUCCAACUACUGUCAUCCAGCUUCCACAUUUUAGAUUAAACACCUUCUUCUCAGAAACUACAGACCUGAAUAACACCAAACUGGCUCUGUAUUGUUCUCCAAGGUCGUUCCCCUCUCAAGUUUGUUCCUAUUAUUCCACUUGACUCCAUUUAUGUUUCUGCCAGAGCUAAACAUAGAAAACCUUAAAAACUCGUCUUCUUGUGAACCGCAAGAUUGAUCUUCAAACUUGGUCUGUAGCAUCUUUGUAUGGUUUUCUAUUAUAUUUGUUCCAAUGAUUCCACUUAACCCAUUUUAGGGGCCGCCAGAGCAAAAAAAAAAAAAAAAAACUUUUUUCUGAUGAUUUGCCUACUGGAUGUACAUCAAACUCGCAUCCUUGUAUAAUCCUCUCUCAAGUUUCAAAUGGUUCCACUUGACCACUUUUAAGGGCCUCCAGAGCUAAAAUGAGAAAAAUCUUCAAACAACUUCUCUCAAACCACUAAAUACUGUGAAAUCAUUAUUAUUCGUGGGGGAUUAAUUUUCGUGGUUGAGCUCAACCACGAAUUUAAGUCCCAACGAACAAAUUGUGCCCAUGGUAAUUUUAAUUUGAUCUGAUCAGUAGUUGUAUGCAUGUGGCAGUACUAACCUGCAGCUUUCGUGUAGUUUAUGGAGGCUCCAUCAGCGAUAAACAUAGGUAUGCAUGGAAACAAAACCGACUAUUUAAUUUAGAAAUGUAUCCGUGGUUUGUUUAUGACAUGCUUGUCAAAGUAAAAGUAGAUACUAAAAAUAGAAGUUUGACGUAGCGUCACCUGCCAACUGCACUAUAAUACGGCUAUUUGAUUUUUUCGGCCCCGCUAUGCAAUGUGUAAACACUAGCCUUUAUUGUUACUAACAUGUAGUAAAGUACUACGACCUUGGAACUAUUAAAUAUGAUAAAUUAAUUGCUAGAUUUGUGUCCAAUGCAUUAAUACUUAAUUCACAUUACAUGUUUCUCGACAGGAAAUAACACAUGCACAAGUUCAACAGCAUGUAAUUUUAGAUGCAGACGCGCCACUCAUAUUGAAAAAAAAAUCAGGCCAGUUUAUGAAGGAUUACUAUGGUUAUACUAGUACUACGGAAUAAAAACAACAUUAUUUCAAUCUAUAAAAGUUUGUUUUAAUUUUCAGUAUAAUAACUAGUUCUUGUUUAAAACAUGAUCAAAUGAUCAGUGAUCAACUUUAUAUUUGUUUUGAUUAUGAAUGCUUAUUGAGCACGCUGCUACGGUUUUGACACUUUUUAAUUGGCGCCGACUUUUUUUAUUGAAUAUUUCACAGUUUUAAAAAGUUUUGCGAAUUAGGGGUCGUAUAAUUAUAGAUAACGCAGUCGUUAAUUGGCACAUGAUCACUCGCUAAUCUCCCGCGGCGUAGAUUGCAAAUUUGGUAACCAUGGUAGCGCUGUUUGACACGUGUAGGUUUCACAUGCAAGGAACCUAAGUACCUGUAGAUCUAUUCUUGUGGAAAUUAUGAUUUUUUUUACACAAAAUGAAAAUCCACGAAUUUACGUCCCCACGAAACAGCCGUUUUGGCCAAAACCACGAAAUUUCAUGCCAACGAAAAUAAAUGAUUUCACAGUAGGUCAUCAUCAAACUUGGUCUGUAGCAUCAUAGUAAAAUCUAUCUCAAUGUUGUUCAAAUGGCUCUCCUUGAUCCCUUUCAAGGGCUUGGAUCUUUACAAGGUAUAUACUGUGAUCGAGGAUUUAAAGGUUGAUAUAAUUAUAUUAUCCUGUCUGCAGAUGAAAUAUUACUUUAGAUAUAUUUUCACCAUGUUGCUUUUUCAGGGUUAUACAGCUUCUAUGUCUUGUUUCUGAUAUACCGGUAUGUCAUAUCUGUCAUAUUUCAUACUAAACAGUUUUCCUUUAGCUGUAAAAUCUUUGUACCUCGUAUUCUAUUUUUGCACCCUACAUUGAUAAUGAAAAAUCAUAUGUUUUAUACUGUUACACAAAAAUAAUGAAUGUUGGCUUUUCAUAUAUAUACGUUAAAAAACACCGGUUGAACUAGAAGCAACAUAUACCCGUUUUAAGUCAGAUGAGCAAUAUAGGGCCAAUCUGGCCCUCUUGUUUAUUUUAAGGUGUAUUACAGAUAAAAAUUGUUGCUACAUGGCUUCCACCUAUAUUAAGUAAUGCUUUACAAGUCUUUUCUACAUAUUUUAUUGGCUACAAGAAUGGUUAUCAUUCUUUAAAUGUACAUUUCUUUCUGAGUAUUACAAUUCAUAUUUUAUAAGGCCUUUCCUAAAUUAUGAAAAUUGUCAUAUAUCUUGAUGCAUUCGGCAUUAAAAGCCACUUAUCACUGGUUCUUGUAUGUGCUGGAUAUGAAUCACCUGUACACAUAACCAAGACCCCAGAUGUAAGAAUGAAUAUUGCUAAUUUUAGUCAGAGAACUGAGAUUGGGGACAGACUACUGUCAUAAUGCCAGUCUGAUUGGUUGAUUCUUACUCAGUCUUGAAAGUGACCAAUGAUAAGGCUGCAUCCCGAAACUGGUCAUUAAUUUUAGUUUUAUGAAUUUUGUUCCUGGAUAUUCUUGAAUUCAUUCUAGAAUAUGAUUAUUCUUAGACUGUAACAUGUUUAUUGUGUGCAAUAUGUACAUAUAUAAUUGUAUUAUGUCAUGUGAUAGAUCAGUUUUGUUGAUAUACGAAAAUAUAAUUACAUUGCAUAUAAUUUA